AUGGCAGUCCCCAAACAUGUAGCCCUUGCGUUCAUUCUCCUCCUAAGCAUAGGAUUAGCCAACGCUGCAAGGGUGCCAAGACUCCUUAUUGCUGCCGGAUCCGGCCAGGGAGGGGGUGAGGGCGGCGCGACGGUGGAUGGUGCCGGCUCAGGGUCUGGCGGCGGCGCCGGAGCCGGCAAUACCGAUUCUACUGGUUCCCACGCAAAUGCCGUAGGCGGAGGCGGCGGUAGUGCAGGUAGCCAACAAGGUGGGUCCGGAUAUGGUAGUGGAUCUGGCUCGGCCUCCGGUUUUGCUGAGGCUUACGAUUCCAUUUCCAUUGGUACCGAUGGACCCACAAGCGGGGGUGGCCAUGGGAGCGGCGGAGGAGGAGGCCAAGCGGGUGGUUCUGACGGAUCAUAUGGUCAAGGAGCUGGAUUUGGCAGUGGCAAUGGUAAUGCCUUCUCUAGAACAUAUGAGGGAGGGUCCCAAUGGAAGAAUGUAAGAGCCGGUGGUAACGGUGUUGGCAAUGGGGGUGGUCAAAAUGGUGGAAGUGGCGGAGGCGAGGGUGGUGGUGGAGGGUACGCCGAUAUACCAUGA